GGAGAGACACAAACCGGGAGAAUUUCGUCUAUAUCAGCUCUAAAUCAAACCACGAACACCCAGUCCUGCAGAGCUGAGCUGAUGAAGAUGCAAAGAGAAAUAAACGUGUUCGGUGCUGUGUGCCCAAGCCAAAUGAUCCAACAGGAUAAGAUGGUGCCAAGAAGCAGCAGUCCAAUAAAUGUGUACGUUGAGCUCCCCUGCAUCAUUGAACAAGCUUUUUCCACCAUUGCAUGGAAUGAUUUUGAAGACUGUGCGUCUGUGAUGAGACGGGAGAGCGACUCCCUCGGCUCUCAGGUAAAUGAAUCUGAUGUAGAUGACCAAGACUUUGGAGAUUAUGCACUGGAUUUCAUGGCAGAUUCUCCUGCUACACUGGAGAGCAAUUUGUCUCCAGCUGAACUGGUGCCAUUUCAGGGAUGUGUCAUACCUCACCUCACCCCUCAGCAGUUUUUCUCUCCAGAGGACAGUCUGUUUCACUCUUCCACAGAAACAAGUGACCCAUCUGCCCAAGAUGGAACUCCCUGGCAAGGUCUCGCCCAGUGCCAAGGCAGGGUGUUGGGAGAUUCUAUGGAAGUCAACAAUCAGCUCCACAAGACUUUACACCGGCAACAAGAAAAGAUUGACAGCCUUCAGGAGAGAAACCUUCACCUCAGACAGCUGGCCAGCCGAGCUAAGCACCUGGCUUCAGUGCUUGAGAAACUGAUGACUGUCAGGGACAAAAGAGAACCAGUGAUACCUUGUGGUGAAAAAACCUCACUGAGUCCCUGUAAGCGUCAACGACUGGAUGAAGGAUAUGACACAGAGUCUUCUGACACAGUGGAAGACAUGCUGAGGGACGUCAGCACACGCUGCAAUGCUGUCCUGCACAACGCUUCUGGAACAAGAGUACCACAGGAAUCAGAGACGAUACGCAUGUUUGGUGCAUUUUCAGGCCUAAAGACUUCUAUAUCCAAAGACAGCAGUAUGACGAUGGAUGGAUCAGAGCUUCAAGAGAGUGUCUCAUCUUUCAGAACAUCUGUGAGACAACACAGCACCAUAAGGACUCAGGUGUUUCCUCAUGGACGUGCCUUCACCUCGAGGACUCAGCAAGGAGGAUGUCGGUUCCGCUGGCUUCCCAACGAUAGCUGAAAAGAUGGUUAGCAGAUAUACAAUUACAUCCAUCA